CCGAAAAACCGAACCCAAAUGGACACCCGUAGACAUAACUAAACUACCAACCUGAAGUCUUGCUAAAUCCGAACUCUUCUAAAACAAACAUGUAUCAUCCUUAUUUGGAAAAAAAUUCCAACUUUUUUAUGUCCAGCGGAAAAAUACUGAAAUAUGUAUUUGUGAGGUCGGCGAUUCGAAUCCCACAACCCCUUUUUUUCUCGAUAUUGUUUUACAACCCGACCCCUGCAGCUCAACGUCCGUCACACACGCGCGCAUCGUUCAUUCGAGAAUCGAGAAACCCUACUCGAUCUGCUUCCUUUCUCUUCUCCGCAGACUUCCACCCAAAGGCCAAAACCCAGCUUCAAGCUUGAAACUCUCCAUCUACUCCUUUCCCUCAAUAAUUCUGGAGACUUCGUUUCUCUUUUCCAACAUCCGCCGCUGAAUCCCUCUCCGUCCCUGAAUCCGUCCGCCGCUGAUUCCGUCUCUGCCUGAGAAUCCCCUUCGACAUCUCAGCUCUGGUGAGUGACCUCUUCUCUCGAUCUUCCGCUGCCAGAACGUUUUCCUCCCCUAGAGCUAGUUAAAGGAGUGAGGUUUUCUCUCUUUAGUUGCCCCUUUCAUUGGGGAUUGUUGUGAUUAAACGGGCAGUUUUUCGCCGUGUGGUACGGGGACUGUGUUUCAUCCUCACAAAGUGGCUUUUCCUUGAUGUGCAAAUUAUCUGUUGGAAUUGAACUGCGGCAGUACUUUAUGUUUAUGCACAUAUGAGUCGUCAAUCAGGGUGCACAAUUGCAGUGCAUUUGAAAAGAGUAUUUUUUAGCCCUUCGACUUAAGGAGAAGGGGAAAUUUUUCUGCGGCAAUCCGUUGAAACUUGAAAGUUUUGCUCUGGUAUGCAGCCCUUUAUGAUUGCCAAAUAUGAGAUGCUAAAUCUCUGGGGCUGUAAUUUAUGUGGACCUAGUUGGAUUAAUUGUGAUUCAUAGUCUGGGGUUUGGUGUUCUUGAGUUAUCCCCAGUUCCUGCCUGUUUGUUUCUUGGGCAAAACCAGAGUUUCUCCCUGACAAAACACUGUAGAAAUUUUUAGUGCUGAACUUUGAGCAGCUCAUGCUGCUAGAGCCUAGAAGACGAAGGGUUUGAUUCCCCCUAAAUGUACUUAUUCACUUUAACAAUCGUAACUCACCAAUGGCUCGGUCACUAGAAUUGUUUGGUCACCAGCCUCCAUGAUCUCUUGUUCUGCCGGUGUGUUAAGGCUAUUAAGCCAUACUUCCUUCCAUAUUUUAGAGUCUUAAUUAAAGGACAUACAGUUCUCUGAAGUUGCGUCGUCUGGUGGGCAAUUUAAGCUUAUUGCGUUUGGAAAAUCGAUGGCCAUGGGUGAGCUGCCUGAUUGUUAGUCUAAACUGUGGCCUGUUGCAGCUUUUGCAACCUAUAAAUUCUUAAUCACUUUAGCAAGUUAUCUUGUAACAUGUGUUAAUUGUCCAUUUAUAUCUACCUCUAGGUUGAAUUGUGAAUUCCAGGUUAUAUGACUUCUGCUCAGAUUUCUUUUUGUCAUUAUACACCUUGUCGAAACAAUAACAAACCUUGUGUGUUGUUGAGUGUAGAGCAAAAGGUGAAGAUGGCUGGUAGAGUAGCAAAGAAUGUAGCAAAGGCAGUGGCAGAAUACCAGUACCCAUGGAAGGAGAAGUUGGCAAAACACAAAGCCGAGCUAUCCAAGGGCGUGUGGGGCUACUGGAACUUAGGUGCAUGGACCCCGCUCCAGAUCAGUGCCCGUCGACGUGCUAAACUACGGAGGGAAGUUCUUCUUGCUGGGCAAGAUUGGCCGUAUGAUCCCGAGAGAAAAGAAAUGAGAACCAAAAUGAAAGGACACAAAUGCGACAGAAUAGCUGCUGAGAAACGUGCAAACACUGCUAAGCUGAUGGAGAAAAUGCCAGACAUGUUGCUAGCCUACAAGAAGAGAAGAUGGGAGAAGAAAAUGAAGGAAGAAGACAAGAACAAGUAGAGGAAUUGUUUUCCCGGUUGUACUUCGGUAGCUGCCCUCCAUGAAUGGCUAUCGUUGAAAAAGUAGAGCUUUUGUAGACUUUGAUGCAACUGUUCUUGCUCUGUUCUUGCUCUGUUCUUGAUUGCAACAAGUUUCCUUGAGCUUUUUUGUUAUAGUUCAUGGCUUCUCGGUGAACCGGGCGGGUACUGAUAAGAAUCGAUUCAAUAAGUGAGAAUGUAGCUUGUUGCUCUAAUGCUACACUUGUUCUUAUCCACAAGACUGAUAAAGAGAUUAGUCUGCAGGUCUAAUGGAGUACGUUUCAGGAUGGAUUUAGCUCAACAAAUGAAGGGAAAAGUUCAAAAACAAAGAUCUGGUGUGUACAAACCCAAUGAAAGCUGGAAUAUGGCAAAAAAAAGGUUCCACCGAGAUUUGAACUCGGGUUACUGGAUUCAGAGUCCAAUGUCCUGACCACUAGACCAUGGAACCUAUGUUGAAAUUGUUGUUGAUUCUAGUAAUUUAUAACUAUUUACAUAUAUAAGUUAAUCCACAGAAUCAAGCAAGAAAAUAAAUAAAGAUUAAAUUAAACUCCCAUCAUACCGCAAGUGCAAUUCCUGUCCAGAGCCUAUUUUCGUUUGCAUCACUUCAGUUUAUCUUUUGAAAUAGCAUGCCACUACAUACUCUUCUAAAUAAAAAUGAACUUCCCGGUACCAAGAUCCAUAAAAUCUAUGACCUCAUUUUUUGUUGAACUACUAGUCAAAGCAUCCAGCUAGCAUGAAGGACACGACUUUCAUGCAAUGCAAUUAGAGACAAGAAAAUGAUGUUAAGACGAAAUUAUAUGACUUAUUACUUCAAUCUUAGUGCAGCCAGUCCCGCCCAUCCUUAAAGGAGGAAGCGAUCACGACAUGUGAUUGACCAAACCAAAACCAUCUUUCUCGUUUUUUAAUUUUUAGUGGUUCAUUAAACAAAGGUCUGAUGAAACAAGACUCAAAACCUAAAGCCCCCACAUAACUACUCGAAAAACUCAAUAGGACUCAGGCAAUGAGCCCAACCCUAGUUCAAACACUCAAACCCUAGCUCCACCUUGCUUGCUCUUGGAGACACCACCGCCACCAACAACAACAUGUUGUUCCCAAAGACUAGCAAAAUCUUAAAUAGCAAAUUUUUUGGGUCAUCUCAAUGGGUUCAGAAACUACACGUUUCUCUGGAUCAUCAUAACGUACUUCCACAUAUCCACUCAGAGGAAGGUGCUUUCGUAAUGGACGACCCUCGAAACCAUAUCCUGUUGAUAUACGGUGUAGAUCCCGAUGAUUGAUGUAAGAAACACCCAAUAUAUCCCAAAUUUCUCGCUCCCACCGAUCGAAUCCCUCCUCCCUCCAAGAGAAUCCAAGAUAUGAUGGUCCAAACUUUACCAAGAAGGAGAACUACAACCAACCAAGCAACCAACCCAAACGGAGGGCAGCGGAAGCACUGAGAAACACCUCCGACCAUUUCUCGUUGGACCAGAUUUCAUCAGCGAAAGAUACAUCAGAGCGAAAGGGCGGUCGGUGACGUAACCAAGAAGGACAAACUUUUGUCUUCAAUUUUUUUCAAUAGAGUCCAAGUUAAGGCCCAAACACCUCCAAAACAUCGAAUUAUGCUGGAUGAAACAAGGAGAUAGACAAAGAGAUUCGUGUCUAACACGUCGGAGGACACAUUAUUCCUUAACCAUAUCAAAGGAAAUACGGUGGCGCAUUGUUCCUUCGCCACAUUAAACGGCAACGGCCGAU